GCUAAGUAGUAGCAGUUGUGCUCGAGGCGUCGUGGGAGUUGGUCAUAUACACGACCAGGCAAAAGACGCUGCCGUUAAUUUUUUUGUGUUGUGAUUAUUUUUAUUUAAGGAUUGUGUGAAAUGCAGUGGUUUCUGGCUGUUUUACUAUGUUCGGCUACGCUUGCGGUAGGAAGCGAACUGCCAGAUUUGUUAGAGGCAAAUCCAUCAGUGGAGGUGCAGUGCUUGGCUGGCACGGAAUGGAAGAGCAACUGCCACAGCUGUCGAUGUCUCUCCAAUGGCAACGCGGAGUGCUCCAAGGAGGAGUUAUGUGACAUCAGUAUAACUGCGGAUCCCAUACCCUGCAAGCCGCAUACAGUAUUCAGCAGGGACUGCAGCAGCUGUAUUUGCCUGCCAAAUGGCAAGGCGCAAUGCACACAGGCCGUUUGCAAUCGGUCAAACAUUCCAAAGAAAUCCGAAUUACUGUCGGGUAAGGAGUGCUCGCCGGGGUCGAAGUGGUCAAGCCAAUGCAACGAGUGUCACUGCACCAGUGAGGGGUAUUCCUCCUGCACUGAAAUGAAGUGUCCCGGACAGGAGAACGAGGCAACGCUUCGCUGCGCCCCCGACUCCGUCUGGAUGAACGAGUGCAACACGUGCUGGUGUACUACUGAGGGUCGUGCUAUGUGCACCAGGAUGGGAUGCAUGGGGUUAUCAGCUAUAAAUUUCAACGAAGAUACCACACCAGAACCAAUCGAAACAAACGUGUUAAGAUCAGAUGCAAAGAAAGAGAACAGCACAAAAGCGGUCAUUUGUUCAGCUAAUAGAAUGUUCAUAAAAGACUGCAACACGUGUUGGUGCAAUGAGGAUGGAACCAGUUACUUCUGCACGAGGAAAGUUUGCGUUUUGGAAGUACCGGACGAAAAUACCGAGGAAUUAUCAGAGAACGCGCGCGUAAUAAAACAGAAGUGUCGUCCGGAUGAAGUAUUUGAGAUGGACUGCAACAUGUGCCGCUGCAAUGCUGAUGGACAAUCUUAUUCUUGUACUAGACGAGCGUGUUACCCUGAUGAUGAUGUACAGAAAGGUGACAGUUUUGCAGAAAGAAAAGAUAAGGUAUCGUUAAGAAAGCGACGCGCCGUGCCUACACAGGAGCCGCCCAAGGCGUGCCAGCCGGGACAGGAGUUCCGUAUCGACUGCAACAAGUGCCUCUGCAACAACGAGGGCCACGACUUCUCUUGCACGCGCAUCGACUGCGCCAUGCUCAAUAACAACAAUAACGGCGGUGUUAGAACUAAACGAGACGCAACAGAGGAGAUUACCACGAACUGUACAGCGGGCACGGCGUUCCAGCGCUCGUGUAACAUAUGUCUUUGCGGCGCGGACGGACAGCGCGCGACGUGCACUACGCAGGACUGCGAACAACGCAAAACUAACGACGGAGUGCACGCACCCGAAACAGAUCCGAAUUUCCGCUGCAACCCGGGGGAACAGUUCAAGAGGGAGUGUAACGACUGUACUUGCUCCGCUGACGGGAAGAGCAUAUUCUGCACUCUACGUUACUGCUCCGUGUACACGCCCUGAACUAAACUAACUUCAUACUGACCGCACCGCAAAUGUAACCUUAACACGUGGUAAUAAAACACUUUUUCCAUCCAUACGAAAACAGUUCUAUCUUGAGAUUCAAUUUUUCCGCCGGAUGGAUUUUUUACUCAGUUGCAUUUGAUUUGUUCGUGCAAAAAAUACGACUUACCUCUAUUCUUUCACCAUUUACGUUAUAAUUGUAUACUUUGGGAAACGAAAAUUAGCCAGCAUUUGAGUUGGCACGUUGAGUAUAAGUUUACUCUUGCGAUUCACGUGUCAACUCAAUAAAUGUCAUUUAACCAGUGAAAUACAUAAGUAAAAUUUCUCAUAUUGAUUUAAUUAAUAAGAAUUUAAUAAAACAUGUUGUAAAAUGAGCUUAGUGGCUUUUUUUAGAAAAUUAUAAAUAGAAAAAUAAAUAACAAAAAUUUAAAUCCUUGCGGGGUCUAUUUUCGUGUCUCCAAGUGUACUUCAGUGUUGACAGCAUUAAAAGUAUUUUAUUUAUAUGUUCUUUAUUUUUUUAUUGUCAUUAAAAAUAAUUUCUAUUUUAUCUAUAAAAAUAUCUAAAGAUAUCUUACACAUAUUCGAUUUAUUUUAUUAUUUAAUAGAUUACAAUUUUAUUAUAAACUUUGUAAUGUAAUAGUAAUAAAAACUGUAUUAAUGUAACUUAAAGUACAUGAAAAUAAAUUAUCUAUAAAAUAAUAAAAAAUAAGAUUUUUGCUUUUCUAGCUUAUUUAAAUUAAAAAAAUAGAGUAAAAACGGUCUUUAGAAAUGACCUCGGCGAUGGCACAGCCGCGCUCACAGAAAAUAAAAAUUAUUUUAAAACCCUUUGCUUCAAUUAUAUUAACAAAUUAAAUAAAACAAAGUUGGUUGUCUUAUCUAUUAGUGACUUCAAUUUUUCUUAAUUAUUUUAUUUAGUUUAAUAAUUUUAGUUAUUAGCAUACCAUAGACAUUUUAAAAAGGCAAAAGUGCGCUCUGUCAUAUCAAAAUUACCGAAAAAAAAGAUUUUGCAAUUUUAUAUACGGCAAUGGAAAGAUUCAUCUUUAUAACUUUUCUUGAAAAAAUGAACAAAGAACACAAUUUUUGAUUAGAGGGUGUAUAUUACUUUAAAAAAAAGUGAAAUUUUAAUUUGAAUAAAUAAAACACUACAUUUUAUUAUUAUUUCAAAACUUCGUGAAGUUAUUUUUUACGCGCCGUACUAUUAACGUCUCAAAAAAUACGUAAAUAAAAUUAUUUUGUUUUAGAAUUGUCACGAAACGAAUAAACGAGUUCGAAUUUUA